UACAUCGUCAGCUUAGGGAAACACACACAAGUAGGUCUUCGCCUGUCUCAGAUGCAAAGAGAAACAUGCAGAAGGCGAUGUUGUUCUGUUUUGUGGUACAAGUGACUAUACUGUCAAUCGAAGGAAACCCACAUUCUGUCUGUCCCGGUGGUAGAAGACCAGUACACUGUUUUAUUAACCCAUGUGAUCUACCACAACUGAAGUCUUGUAAUAACAACCCCACAUUGGAAUGUCGUGCCAACUACUGCAAAGGUUGUGAACAUGUAGAGUUCUAUGACGUCACUGGUGUUAAGGUCAAUUGCAAUGAAGGCUAUAUUGCCCAAAAUGACGAGCAACAAAUCGAAGAUGUCGGUGAACCGCCAAAUUCAAAUGAUUGGCCCUUCAUGGAUCUGUACUUAAGUAUCCGGUCUUUAUUUACGCCUUAAAAUUGAUUUAAAGGACCAUGUUGAGAGACAUUUUCAACUGUAUGCAACAUUCGGACAAAAUGAAUUAAUAUGAAAAUUAGAAACUGUAAUCAGGAAUGUUGUUCAACCUUGUCGGUAACAGGAAGACGCAACUCAGUGACAUAAAAUCCAAUAGAUAAGCUGACGUCACUGUAUUUUCAAAUAUGUAUAAGAACGUUAAACACGACAAUACUGCCGCUGAUAUCGAUAUUGUAUGCAUUGCCUCGAAAUUAAAUGUUAAACAGCUUCCUCAACCAAAAAAAGAAAAACUAAAU